GAGAUCCAGGGCACGAAGGACUGCCGUCAUCCAGGACCUGGAGCGAAAACUCCGCUUCAAAGAGGACCUGCUGAACAACGGCCAGCCGAAGCUAACAUACGAAGAAAGAAUGGCUCGCCGGCUGCUGGGAGCCGACAGUGCCACCGUCUUUAACAUUCAGGAGCCAGAAGAGGACACGGCCCAUCAGGAAAUGGGGUCUCCUCAGGCUUCCGUAGGGAAUCCCCUGGACGGUCAAAAGGAAUACAAGGUGUCCAGCUGCGAGCAGCGGCUCAUCAGCGAGAUCGAGUACCGGCUGGAGAGGUCCGCCGUGGACGAGUCGGGGGACGAGGGCGUCGGGGACGCGCCGGCGGGGAGCGGCGCCGCGCCGACCUUCCAGACGAAGCUGAAGCACUACAAGGUCUUCGAGGGCAUGCCCGUCACCUUCGCGUGCCGGGUGGCGGGGAACCCGCAGCCCAAGAUCUACUGGUUUAAGGACGGGAAGCAGAUUUCUCCCAGGAGCGACCACUACACCAUCCACAGAGACGCUGACGGGACGUGCCGCCUGCACGCCGCGGCCUCCACCCUGGAGGACGACGGGAACUACACGGUGAUGGCUGCCAACCCUCAGGGCCGCGCCAGCUGCACGGGGCGGCUGAUGGUGCAGGCCGUCAACCAGAGAGGCCGCAGCCCCCGCUCCCCCUCGGGCCAUCCUCACGGCAGAAGGCCUCGUUCUAGAUCAAGGGACAGUGGAGACGAAAAUGAACCGAUUCAAGAGCGAUUUUUCAGACCUCACUUCUUGCAGGCACCUGGAGAUCUGACUGUUCAGGAAGGAAGACUCUGCAGAAUGGAUUGCAAAGUCAGCGGGUUGCCAGCCCCAGAUCUAAGCUGGCAGCUGGACGGAAGGCCCGUGCGCCCCGACAGCGCUCACAGGAUGCUUGUGCGAGAGAACGGGGUGCACUCCCUGAUCAUAGAGCCAGUCACGUCGCGGGACGCCGGCAUCUAUACGUGCAUCGCCACCAACCGAGCAGGACAGAACGCGUUCAGCCUGGAGCUGGUGGUUGCUGCUAAAGAAGCACACAAACCGCCCGUGUUCCUUGAGAAGCUGCAGAACACAGGCGUGGCCGACGGGUACCCGGUGCGGCUGGAGUGCCGCGUGGCCGCGGUGCCGCCCCCCCAGAUAUUCUGGAAGAAGGAGAACGAGUCGCUCACGCACAGCACCGACCGGGUGAGCAUGCACCAGGACAACCACGGCUACGUCUGCCUGCUCAUCCAGGGGGCCACACGGGACGACGCCGGGUGGUACACUGUGUCUGCCAAGAACGAAGCCGGGAUCGUGUCCUGCACGGCCAGGCUGGACGUCUAUACCCAGUGGCAACAGCAGCCACAGAGCACCAAGCCAAAGAAAGUCCGGCCCUCUGCCAGUCGCUACGCGGCGCUCUCAGACCAGGGACUAGACAUCAGAGCGGCGUUCCAGCCUGAAGCCAGCCCGUCUCCCCUGACGCUGAAUGCCGCCUUGGUGGAGAGCGAGGACCUGUAACCCAGCCGCCCGUCGCCACUGAAAUGCUGAAACCGCUGUGGCCUUGACCAACAACACAGUCCUUUGUCACAUGAUGUAAAAGGUAGAAACAUACCUUUGACUAUAAGAAAUAAAAAAAACACCAAAAUAACAUUUUUCUUACUUGAUAUAUACCAAACUUAGAGUUUAAGUAGGUGAUGCUAAUAGAAGUGUACACAUUGCACAGAAAAUUCACAUUUGUUGUCCAAUUUGAUACUUUUGGAAUUGCUGUGAUUAAAGUGGUCUGAAAUGCCAAAAUGCUAAAGGAAAUCAGUUGUCACAGGAAACCACAUUUGUAUUGUCUACAAGUGCCUUCAAACAUAAGCUACAGGUGCUACGUAGCAUGAUAGUGUGAGUGUUUAACGCGAGGCAGUUGUACCACAGGGACUACUUACAACGGUUCUAGAUGCAGUGUACUCAGACAGCUACCACGAACCAAGUGCAAUAUGUCAGGACGAAAAAGGAAGACGAAAUGACAAAGAAAUCCAAGUAAAUGCCUUGUCUUUUGCAAACUGUUUUACAUUAAAUCAUAAGGAAGGAACUACUUGCCUUAAACUUCGUUAAUAUCAGGAGUUUCCUAACAAGGUUAAUACCUUAGUUCUUAACCUUCUUUUCUUUAUGUGUAGUAUUUUUCUUUCCAUGCUACCUUGGUAGGAAGCUUAUAUACAAACUGUAUUAAAAGGCUAAUUUAAAGAUAGAUAAUAUAAAGUAUUUUGAAUAAAGCAGAAGUAUAUUACGGUUCAUGCCACCAAAGGCAUCCAGCCCCCCGAAUGGCAAGGCACACAGUGUUUGGAGGAGACAGGGUCCGGAGGGAGCAGGAGGAAGAUGAAGGGAAGCGCCACCAGCACAUUAUAUCGCACCAAUUUACACAAGAGUAGAAGGGGAAGGAGAGGUGGCAAAGGCCAGGCUCUUCUUUGGUUUUCUUCAAAUUUAUCCUCAAAUGUAGGUGAGAAAAACACUGCCGUUCACAAGUCAGGGAAUCUAGGGCCAGCUGGAAGUUCGGGGCACGCGAGCUGCGGGAAUCUCGGGUGUCUGAAGUGCGUGUAGCGAAGAUGUCGGGCAUGUGUGGAGCGAGCUGAGCACGGACUGGGACCGCAGGGUGGCACGAAUGAGAAGUCGCCAGUAGGGUCUAGUCUGAUGGCAGGAAGUGGAGACAGGAGGAAAAACAAAAGCAGGUUUGUGGCAUAACGGACUGCUUCAGCGGCACCCGGGGGUGGCGGGUGGAAGCGAUCAGCUCACUCCCUGCCGCGGCGAGAAGGUGCUGGGUUCCGAGUGGUGUCGAGCAUCUCAGCAAGCGCUGCUCUCUGAACGCGUAUGACUCUGCGUCAGCUAGACUGAGCGGAUUCUGACCAGACUUGAUGGUUUUAAGUCGGAACCAAUAGAUUUUAAAAAGAAAAAAAUAAUUUGGCCUAAGUAGUAUACAACAUGAGGCUUUAAUGGUACUUUGCUAUGAAAACACUGUAUUCCUUACACAAAACAUUUAUCUUUCAUUAUUUAUGUGUUGAACUUUCUUAGCUCAGUUACUCAAUUCAUACGUAGUAUUUCUUAAAAUAAUUUUGUAUCUGUGUACCACCCCAUAUAUUUCAUGUUACUGCUUCACAUGUACAGCUUUCUACUUUGUAAGAACACCAACCAUCCGGGUCUUAAAUGAUAAUGGGUUGAGCACCAAGUGGCAGUUGUUCUAUGCAGCGUAGCACAAGUCUCUCUGACCACACUUCUAUGCAUUGUGAAUUUGGGACUUGAGAUACCAUACAAAGUCUCUCAUGGACCUGUCUGUAUUGCAGAAUUAUGACUUAUGUCAUAUCUUCCUUGCCAAAUUUUUUCUGAAUGUGACUUUUUUGCUAAUUUGCUGGGUUUGGGAUUAAAUAGCAUUAUUUUGCCAUCUUUAUGCUGUAUUUAUAGGGGGAAAAGUACUAUCAUACUUCUUUGGAUUGUUGUGCUGGUGUAAUGUGGAUUUAACAACAAUAAAUAUUUAACAAAAAAUA